GCAGUACCCGGCGGCGCCAUCUUUGUGCCUGGCGAGCGACGGCGCCCGACGGAAGCCCUGAAGCCAGAGCUUGCUCGCCAAGCUCUCGCUCAGACCGGAUCUAGGAAAUACCAGGCGGGCCUCGGUGGGAGGGACGCACUGAGGGAGGAGGGAGGAAAGGGGGCGGCGGCGGCGGCGGCUCACACCGGAUCCCGGCCCCGCACGGCGCGUACCCUGGGGGUUCGGGCGGGGAAGCGGCGCCGGCCCGGACCCCCCGCGGGAGCAGGCGACGGGCGUGAGGGCUAGGCGGCGGCGGCGGCCAGAGAGCAGCAGCCGCCUGGACACUGUCUUCAGCCUUUUCUUCAAGUUUUUGACCGUAGAUUGUGUUGUGUCAAACUGGACGAAUUAUCUUAGUUGAAUUUUCACCAGUUGAAAAAUUGGAGAUUUCUAGACUACUGAAAAGAAGUUGCUUUCAGAGCUGGAGAUGUGAAUAAAAUUUCUGUGCCAGGGUUGAUAAACCGUCUUGAGGAUUCCAUCCAGGAAACCCCAUCACAGUUGGUUGUUAUGUCUCCUUAGACUCCUCUUGGCUGUGACAGUUUCUCAGACUUUUGUUUUUGAGGAGUACUGAUCAGAAAAUGAUUGUGGUGCUAGAAGAUCAUUACUUUUGGAAAGCUGGUUAACAUCCAUUUCCUAAGAGAAACUUGGCCACCAUUUGCUCUGGCAUGGCGCAAAGCAGCCCACAGCUUGAUAUUCAGGUUCUCCAUGAUCUUCGACAACGUUUCCCUGAAAUUCCAGAGGGCGUGGUGUCUCAGUGCAUGUUACAGAAUAACAACAAUCUUGAAGCCUGUUGCCGAGCCCUUUCCCAGGAGAGUAGCAAAUACUUAUAUAUGGAAUACCAUAGUCCAGAUGACAAUAGGAUGAAUAGAAAUCGCCUUUUACAUAUUAACCUGGGUAUCCAUUCUCCUAGUAGCUAUCACCCAGGAGAUGGAGCCCAACUUAAUGGUGGUCGAACACUGGUACAUAGCUCAAGUGAUGGACAUAUUGAUCCUCAGCAUGCAGCAGGUAAACAGCUGAUAUGUUUAGUUCAAGAACCACACUCAGCUCCAGCUGUUGUUGCUGCUACUCCCAACUACAAUCCAUUUUUUAUGAAUGAACAGAACAGAAGUGCAGCUACUCCUCCUUCACAGCCACCUCAACAGCCAUCUUCCAUGCAAACAGGAAUGAAUCCGUCUGCUAUGCAAGGGCCUUCACCACCACCGCCACCUUCAUACAUGCACAUACCUCGGUAUAGUACAAAUCCAAUUACUGUUACAGUAUCCCAGAACCUCCCUUCUGGACAGACUGUACCAAGAGCUUUACAAAUUCUUCCACAAAUUCCAAGCAAUCUCUAUGGGUCUCCUGGUUCUAUUUAUAUUAGACAGACAUCUCAGAGUUCAUCAGGAAGACAAACUCCUCAGAGUACGCCAUGGCAGUCCUCACCACAGGGCCCAGUGCCUCACUAUAGCCAGCGUCCUUUACCUGUUUAUCCACACCAACAGAACUAUCAACCUUCUCAGUAUUCUCCCAAACAGCAGCAGAUCCCUCAGUCUGCUUACCAUUCACCACCUCCUUCUCAAUGUCCUUCACCCUUCAGCUCUCCACAGCAUCAAGUGCAACCUUCCCAGUUGGGCCACAUCUUUAUGCCACCUAGUCCUUCAACUACUCCACCCCAUCCAUAUCAACAAGGACCUCCUAGCUAUCAGAAACAGGGAAGCCAUUCAGUAGCCUAUCUUCCAUACACAGCAUCUAGUUUAUCCAAAGGUUCCAUGAAGAAGAUAGAAAUUACAGUUGAACCUUCUCAAAGACCUGGGACAGCAAUUAAUAGGAGUCCUUCACCCAUCAGUAAUCAACCAUCUCCACGGAAUCAACACUCACUGUACACAGCCACCACGCCACCUUCAAGUUCUCCUUCAAGAGGGAUAUCUAGUCAACCAAAACCUCCAUUUAGUGUUAAUCCUGUGUAUAUUACAUAUACACAGCCAACUGGACCUUCUUGUACUCCAUCACCAUCUCCUCGAGUGAUACCAAACCCAACUACAGUUUUUAAAAUUACCGUAGGCCGAGCAACGACUGAAAAUCUUUUAAAUUUAGUGGACCAAGAAGAGCGCUCUGCAGCACCAGAACCUAUUCAGCCCAUUUCAGUGAUACCAGGCUCUGGGGGAGAAAAGGGAAGCCAUAAAUAUCAGAGAAGUUCUAGUUCUGGAUCAGAUGACUAUGCCUACACACAAGCCUUGCUGUUACAUCAACGAGCAAGGAUGGAGAGGUUAGCAAAGCAAUUGAAACUUGAGAAAGAGGAGCUAGAGCGGUUGAAGUCUGAAGUUAACGGUAUGGAGCAUGACCUGAUGCAGAGACGGCUCAGAAGAGUCAGCUGCACCACUGCGAUCCCUACGCCUGAGGAAAUGACAAGAUUGAGAAGCAUGAACAGACAACUCCAGAUAAAUGUUGACUGUACACUGAAAGAAGUUGACCUCCUUCAAUCUAGAGGAAACUUUGAUCCAAAAGCCAUGAAUAAUUUUUAUGACAACAUAGAACCUGGCCCAGUUGUACCACCCAAGCCAUCUAAAAAAGACUCCUCAGACCCCUGCACAAUUGAGAGAAAAGCCCGAAGAAUUAGCGUGACCUCCAAAGUACAGGCAGACAUCCAUGACACCCAGGCAGCAGCUGCAGAUGAGCAUCGAACUGGCUCCACACAAAGUCCUCGGACACAACCUCGAGAUGAAGACUACGAAGGGGCUCCAUGGAAUUGUGAUAGCUGCACCUUUCUUAACCACCCAGCACUAAAUCGCUGUGAGCAGUGCGAGAUGCCACGGUACACCUGAAUUCAGAAAAGUCUGCGCCAGGUUGAAAGUGAAACUUUGAGUACCACCAGAAGAAAAGGAAACCUCGGGACUCUAUUCAUCCACCCAGCCUUUUCAUUUUCGAUUGCACAGCGGGGAGGAGGAAUGCCUCUGUGGUCGUUGUGCUCACGAAAGGAAAAAUGGGGAGGUCUUUUUUUCUCCUUUCUUAACUCACUACAGAGUGAGAGAUAGAAAGGGAUACUUGAAACUGGGAAAGGAUUCACUCUGUGAAAGAAUGUACACACAGAAGUCAAGAGCUCUUCUGUGGUAGAAUCCCAAUUGUUAAAGUUACUGCUGAGUGGCCCUUAUUUUUUAAACUAGUACUUUGAAUCUUAGUAUGAAAUGUUAACAGUUUAUGCAAACUGUGAAUUCCCAGAGCAGACUUACCUGGUCACCGCUCUCUGGAAAACCAAGGGUCCCCGUGCUCCUUCCCGUUGCUUCCUACUAAAGAGGACAACAGGAAAAAGCACCUAGAAUAUUUUGGGGGAGGGGGGGGCAAAUUAAUUAAGGGUAUUUGUAAUUGCUGCUUUUUUCAGGGGUAAUUUCCAACACACAUACAUGCACACAAACAAAAUGUUUUAAAAUGUGAUUUGUAGCAGUCAGGAACUAGGCAUAUCAUGCCUUUGUUUGAAAGUACAAUCAGAGGUGGUAAGAUGCCUUUGGCUUGUACAGUGAUUCAUCAAGCUCUAUCAAUCAACACUGGUAACUAAGACCUACUUAUGCCACAUAAGAGAUGCAUUUUUUAAGUUACUGCAUGUUUUUAUUAAGGCCAUUGGUUUUCAAAAUAACAAGUCCUUACAAAGUAUGAUUUUAUAAAUGAUAUUCUCGUAAAACUGCGCUUUGCCAGUAGCACAGUGAAUGUAUGCCAAAUGCAAGUCCAUUCCAAAAUCCAUUUGGAAAUCUUGAGCUCAGCUGUGGUUCUUAAACUUUUGCAGUCCACAGGGCCUUUUUUUUUUUCCUCCUUCCAAUUGUGAUAAAUUCAUGAUGUUUACAGCACAGAUAAAACUUUGUGCCAUAAUCCUAAUUUAGCUGAAAUCAAUAUUAACUGUUCAAUAAAAACUUACUUGCAUAUGUUAAUAAACCAGUGUGAGGGGAAUUACAGUUGGCCAAUGACAAAGUUGCACACUGCAUUAUUUAGGAAAUAAGAGGGAUUGUCAAAAAUUAUUAAGAGAAAGGUGAAUAUAGAGAAUUUUGAAACAGAACUUUUAAAAUUUAACAUAACUGUAUCUAGAGGUCAAUUGAGUUUCUACAGGCAGUUCAGGUCAUUUUAAAGCACUCCUUAUUUAUGAAAUAGAACUUCAGGGUGUGGAUAAGUGAAGAGAUAUAAAGUCAUGUGACUCACUAGGGUACAUCACUGGAAACUUAAUAGCACAUUUCAUUAAGGUCUCUGCCAUUGUUGGAGUUCCUUCUUAGCUCAGAAUUGGAGUUUUGGAAUCUUCCCCUCAUUUUGGUGAGUAUAAACAGCAAUAAAGUUAGUAGGUUCUCCCAUCCUAAAGGAUGUUACCUGAGGAUAUCGUUUUAGGCAUCAGGUUUCUCCCCCAGACCACACACACACACACACACACACACACACACACACACACACACACACACACACACACACACACACACACACACACACACACACACACACACACACACACACACACACACACACACACACACACACACACACACACACACACACACACACACACACACACACACACACACACACACACCCGCCCCGCUUCUAAUUUAGCAGUAAUCUCUGGCAGACCUGGAAAAACAAGCUGCUCUUAAUAGCAUAAUGAAACCAAAGGCGUAAUAACUCAUCAUAGUUUUCCAUCAGAAUCAUUUCACACUCUGCCUACAGCUUUGAAAACAUUUUUUCAUAUGUGAAAAAUUCCCCAAAAUAUAUCCACUAGUCUCCCAAAGGAAGCGUGGUAAUUAACACUGAUAAAAACAUCUCUCAUACAACAACUGUGGCAAAACUGUGAAAAUAACGGUGAGAAAGCAGAUGGGCUUAAAAGCAUGGUCCCCAAAACAACGUUCUUUAAAGGUUUUUGUAACACUGGUCUCUGUCUCCAAUAACAGUCUAGCCGUACUACUGUUCUGUAAUAUGCCUUUGCCUUUGUAUGGUUUCAUAUCUCUUUAGUGAUGGUCAACCCCACUUGGUUUUAAGUUACAAUUUAGGGGAAAAUAUAUAUAUAUAUACUGCUUGGUGUCCUAGCUAAAAGGUUUACCAGUAUUCAUAGUGAUAUGCUGAAGUGGAGGCAAUUAACUUGGCAGUUGUCAGUUGAGAAUGAAAGUAGCAUGUCUGAAAACAGUCUGAUGCUUUAUAAAACCAUGUAGAUGACUUUAAAACUAUUGCAUGAAAAUACAUCAAGGUUAAUAAGCUGUUACACAGUAGAUGCAUGGUUUCAAUCCUUUGGUGAUAUAUCUAGUCAAUCAUUGUUUUCACCUGCCAGGAAAAGAGAGAAAACAGUCUAGUGGAUAGGUGUAAAGGGUGGGGUAUGCGGUAUCAGAUUGAUUUUAAGGAAGUUUCGUACAUGUUAAUUUUUAAUUGUGCACAAGUUUCAUAUGCCAACAUAGGCUGUAUUCAGUUUUAAAAUAGGCAAAAUGACUUGACACUGAUAAAUCUGGUAUGUUUAACUGUGUCUCAUAUGUAGACUGCUUUUUGCCUAUGACCAGCUUGAACAAGAAUUCACCCAACUUUCAAGGUGCCUUUUCAAAAGGAUCUCGUAGUCAGUUGGUAUGUACAGACAACUGGCAUGGAAGUGGUAGGGUAUAAAUCGGAUGAUGCCUGGCUGCUGAGGUGCCAGCUGGAUCAGCUGUUGCCCUUCUUGUUUCUUGUAAGAGGUAUCUUUCAAAUGACUAGUUUGAUGUAUCUGGUAACAUAUAGGCCUGACUAUACAUUUUACAUUAUUUCGCUAUUUUGUAAACUGGGAUUUUAGAAAGCACGUUUGCCAUUUUGUUAAAGUACAUUGCCCCUUAAAUUUUGGAGUAGUUUUUAAAAGUUUAAAGUGGUAAUAGAGGAGCCAGAAACUUUUUAAGCAUUGUAAAGUGUUUGUUUUGAAUUGAUAUUGACUUUGUUUGGAAGAGAGUAGAGGCAGGGGGCUUUAAAGAAACAAAGAAAUGCAUUGUAAAAAUGUAGUUUUAGAGCAAAUUAAUAAUGAUGGUGGGGAAAGUGUUGCUAAUUUGUUUAUUUCCCUGGAAGAAAUGGGAAGUGUGAUAAGCAGUUUAAUUUUUAAGGAGCUGGUCUCAAUUUUAGUACUUUUUAAUUAUGCAAAUAAAUCAAUGUUUCCUUAAAUUUUGUCAUUGCUUUGUCACAGUUGUCUAGGGUUCAUAUCCAACCUUCUGUGGCAAUUCAAUUUUAUAUAGUCUUUUAAGAGGUAAUUGUAAUGUAUUUCUGACAGACAGCAUAAACAAAAAGAAUAUUAAGGCAUAGAAGAAUUGUCCUCUAAAAAUAUCAAUGAUGUAUCCUGGAAUGUGAAGAUGUCCCUUUAUAGUUAAAAAUUGAAUUAUUUUAAUAUUGUACCAUUGUUAGACCUUGAAUGAGUCCAUGUUACCGUGUGUGUCUGUAUAUCUAUCUGUAGAGAAAGAAAAAUGACAACUGAAAUGUUACUUUUAAAAAUCAGAAUAAAUUGGGCACUGUCUGUGUUGCACCACUACUGUAUCUUUUCGAAAGAAUUAACAGUAUUUGCCUAUUGUAAAAGUUAAUUCUGAUGACGUUUUCACAUUCACCAGACUUUUUUUUCCUGUAUUAUUUGCAUCCCCAAAUAUUUAAUACAAGUAGAUUCUGCAUGGCUUGGGCAUUCAGAGAUUAAUAGAAUGAUGACUCAAUUUUAAUUCUAAAGCCAUGAAAAGUUACUUUGAGACUGAACAAUUCUGAAUUAUUUAUGAUACCCAAUGUCCAUGUUUCUUUCCCUACUGUAAAAGAAUUGAUCAGUUUCUUCAUUAAAGGAGCAAAAACUUAUUAAAUCUUGUAAAUACCA